AUGUCAACACGCUCUAAUGCACAGAAAGGACGAGUAGUCAUUAAAACAAUUUUUGACAGCAAAAGCAAAAGAGUUCCCAAGUAUAUUCCGGUGGAAGACAUCGUAGCCAACAUUGAAGCCGGUCUCCACAAGCUUCCAAAGGACGUGUCAGAAGACAUCCGCCGAGAGGCAUCGAGGUUUUUACAGCGAGCCAAUACACCAAGGAGCAAUAUCCCAGCGCAAGAAAGACGUGCCUUGAAACAGCUCAAGUCCAAUCAAGAUAUUGUCAUCUUAGCCGCUGACGAAGGAAAUGUCACCGCCGUCCUUAACACCGAGGACUACCAUGACAAGAUCCAAGAAUUGUUAGACCCCGAUAUCUACAGGUCCCUAACUAAAGAUCCAACUGCGAAAAUUCUGCGAGAGACAAACAGACUCAUCAAGGACUCGUUAAUCCCACCCGAGAUACAACGCACCAUAAAGAAAUCAGAAGCUCUCCCUCCUAGACUCUAUGGACUACCGAAGUUCCACAAGUCUGGAGUUCCCCUUCGACCCAUUGUAAGCGCCAUUGGUUCACCGACAUAUGAAGUCUCCAAGUACAUCGCGGGUCUUCUGAAACCAUUUAUUGGAUUAUCAUCAUCUUUCAUUAAAGAUUCCAGUGACUUCGUUCAAAAAAUAAAUUUAAUUUCUCUCCAGCCAUCCGAUUUGCUCCUAAGCUUCGACAUUGUCUCACUCUUCACAAAAGUCCCAGUUGUAGAUGCACUACAGCUGAUUACUCCACUUUUCCCUCCCGACAUCACAGCCCUUUUCAAGAACGUCCUGACGACUACUUAUUUCCAGUGGAACACAAAAUUCUACGAACAACGGGAUGGAGUUGCCAUGGGAAACCCCUUAAGCCCUGUCAUCGCUAAUUUCUACAUGGAGUUCUUCGAACAGAAAGCCCUUGCCUCCACCACAAAGAAGCCCGAGAUUUGGUUCCGAUACGUUGAUGACACUUUUGCGGUGUGGAGCCAGGGAGAAGAAGACCUGCAGUUGUUUCUUCAACAUUUGAAUAGCAUUCUUCCCAGAAUUCAGUUCACCAUGGAGAAGGAGAGAAAUAAUCAGCUGCCUUUCCUCGACGUUCUUGAGACGAAAAAGGGAAGACGGGACGCUCGGCCACCAAGUGUACCGCAAGCCCACACACACAGACCGUUACCUUCAUAA